AUGGCAUCUAUUGCAUCACGAGAAGUAGAACGGGCCGGUAUCUUGAGACAAGAGGGUAAUGAAUUCUAUAAAUCAGGCAAGCUUCUCAAAGCCAUCGAAAAAUAUCAAGAAUCUGCCAAACUUGUACCUGAAAGUUACGCUCCACUCGCUCUUGAACUCUUAAGGAAGAGUAAUGGCGAUGAAGAUACGGCUUUGAUUGAGAAGUUACAACAGCGGAUCAACAGGGCAAGGGCACAUUCAUACAGAUCAUCUGAAUUGGAGCAGCUGCAAAUGCGAUUCCAAAUUCUCGAUUCCUUGCCCCGUUAUCGCCCAUCAUUGAUGAUCAACGAAGAAUAUUACACAAUUGGACACGAUCAGCCGGCCUCCUUGUUCGAUCUCACCAUUAAUGAACAUGACCCCAUGGCUAAAGUUGUCUCUUUUCUAUUUGGUGUUAUUGGUGACGCACGUCACUUGAUUCGGACUAUCAGUGGUUUUGCUGAGCUGGAAAAGAAGCACCGAUUGAAGCAAAAGCAAUAUCACCUCAGUAUGAUUGAUGUGAACAAAUACGCUCUCACAAGAGAUUUGAUUAUGUUCAUGUUGCUGGAGGAAUUGUCUGGCCUAGAAACGAACUCUGAAGAGGCCGAGGAAGUCUUGACUACUUUAUUCUUUGUCUUCAUCGCCGUCAUUAUUCCUCGCGUCGCUUUCGACCACUUGCAUCGCACCAUCGAACGAGCCCUCUCCGCACUGCAGUCCGGAUUGCAGCCACUGAUUUGGAUGUAUCUCCAUGAAGAGGACUUUCACUUGUACAUUCAAUCCUUGAAGAGCUGGAAAGGUAAAGCUUUGACCAUAUUCACCAUUGCGGCCGCAGUAGAUGAACUACCCGCUGCAUGUAAGAAGGAAAACAAACUCUACAAGGUUACAGCUAUCCUCUUACCCCCCGAGAGAGUUCUCCAGAAACACGACCCCCAGAUGCUGGUAUUACUCAAAGAUCAUAUCGACCAGCCGAAAUCGAAUGCUGCAAAAUUCAAAACCACCUUCAAGAGUACUGGAAAUUUAACACAACCCUCGUCGAUGUUGAAUGACGCUGCCCAAUCGAUCAAAUAUUUGAAAGGCCGUCUUCAAGUCGAAGCAAUUCAUGGGGACUAUGUAGAUGUUGCAGAGAAAUUAAGAUUUAAGUUGUACCGCGAUGAAGCUAGUUCAGGUUCACCAAGAGCCACGGUUUCGAAUAUAAUUCGCCGUAAAGACUUUCCAGUCUUGUAUGAUCGAGUACAUUUGAGCAAUGUUCCUGACUACAUGGGUGGGCAUCUCUCAACGUUUUUCUAUGCUUCUCCACUUUUGAAGCCAAUUCCCUCCAGCUCCGUUGAGUCAAACUGUCUACGAAAUUCGGGAUCCUGGAAUAAUCUCGAGAGCUUCCUUGCCGAAUAUCACCGACACCAAGAUGCUCUAGCAACUUACCUCUGUGACAGUCUUAUCUCGCGGUACAUACCCAUGGCCCAUGGCUAA